GUUUUCGCGUGACCACGCCUUCAGUGCGUGACAGAGAAAUUUAAAUCCUGCGUGUAGUUUCUGCUCUAAACAGCUCAAAACACGAGAAAUGGACUUCAAAGAACAGGUUGAACACCUUAUACCCAACGCGCAGUUCGGAGAUUUAAUCGAGUUCUCGUAUCCUAUUGGCUACGCACACUGGGGCGUGUACGACGGAGAUGGAUAUGUCGUGCACUUUGCUGUUGCAGAUGAAAAUAAAGUGAUGAAUACAUUUCGGGGAUUUCUGCAGACUGUCUUCCCCGUUUGUGGUGAUCUUCUGCUUGGAGAAACUAAGAUACGGCGUCAGCUCCUGGCAGAAGUGAACGUACCAAAAGGAGCGCGUGUUUCAGUGAGCAAUAGCCAGCAUGAUAUUCAGCCUUCACCUCCAGAUGAAAUCAGAAGAAGGCUAAAUGGCUUAGUGGACAGGGAGUUCACUUACAAACUCCUCACAUUUAAUUGUGAACACUUUGCCACGUUUGUUCGCUCUGGAAAAGCUGUGUGCAAUCAGAUUCCAGGAAAACCAAAAAACAAGGAAUGUGUGGAUGCUACAGAACUAUUCAGCGCCUUUGUGCCAGCAUAUUGACCUGCUGAAUGCCAAAGUAGAGAUUGCUACAAAAAUUAUUUAUUGUGUUUCACUAUGGAUAUUUUACAACACCACACGACUGCUUCUAGAAUCCAGUUUUUUAUGACAUAAGAAAUGUUUCUCACUUCCUUCAGAAUCUCUGCUUUUUUUGGUCUCCCAGGCUGGCCAGGUGGAUCUUUUAAAAUGCUCUUAGGCACUUUGGAUUGGAGAUAUCAGCUUAUUCCAGCUAAGGAGUGUUUUUUUCCAGUAAGAAUGUAAUCAAAUUGUAUGAAAAAUGUUCUGACUGCCAACCUGAUUUCACCAAGUAGGACAUGUUCCUGGAUUAACAUCCAUGUUGAUCCUGGAACAACAUUUCAAUCAGCCAAUCACAAUUAAGGAAUACGAUUACAGUUUAUGUUAAGUUUAGGUUUAUGCACUUCUACAUGAUUGUUAUUCAACUAUUAUUCCCCUCUGAUUUUGGGAAUAAUUUACAGUUAUGAUUGGGUAUUUAUUAGGGGUAGGGAAUAGGUAUGGAUUACAUUUUCCAACAAAAAUUACGUUCCAGGAUCAACAUCUGUUAAUCCAGGAUCGCAGCAUGGCAAAAUCAUGACGUUCGUUUCUGACUGCUUUUGUUUACUUUUUAACUAAUAUGGCGCAUAUCUUCACUAAUAUUUACCAUAGUUUAUGCUACAGUUAGUCAUUUUGUUUGUGUAAAUGUGUGUUUGGUUGCAGGGAAGUUUUCUAUUGAAACCCUUAGAUUGUCUAAUGUCAAUUCUUUGUUUUUCUAUUAAUAACCAUAAACUGAUCUUCUCAGAACAUUCUAUGAACCAAACAUUCAUAAAUGUAAAUGCACUGUAAAAAUCCAGGGUUCCACCCAAUUCAUUCAUGUUGUCCCAACACAAAUCGAUUUAGUUAACACUUUUAACAAAUUUAUGUGGAUUACACAUAAAAAAAAAAUGUUGUCCCAAUGAAAUCUCAAGAA